UGAAGCUGGUAUUGUGCAUUGUCAACAUAGGUAAGAUCAUUGAACCAUACAUUUUUCUUUGGUCAUACAAAAAAUGCAGUCUAUUUGCAGUUGGUUUUUGAGGGCAGACAAGACACACAAAAAACAAGGUAGGGAGACGACAAACUUUCCUGACUUUCCCUUGCACAUUGGUCGGUCUAUUGAAUAUAGCACUUAACCUGGUAGCCUGUGUUUGCAUAAUCUCUCGCUGACUGGGGUUAAUGGCCCCUCCUUUCUAUGUGGUUUACUAUAGGCUGCUAGGAGCGUGAUUACAAGUAACAGUAGCUGGUGACAUAAGAACCAUGGGAGACAGGCAUCUGAAGCCAUCUUUGGAGCUGGCAGAACAGGUGCAGGCCCAGCCAGGUGACAAGCUGUCCUACCGCACCUGGUCCAGAUCUGACAACGAUCUGUCCGAACAUCACGUCAUCUAUGUGGGGAACGGGCAGGUGGUGCACUACAACGAUGACCAACACAUUGUGGUAAAGGCAUGGUUGAGUCAGGUAACUGCAGGGGGUAGGACCGAACCAGUGAACCUGAAGGGAACGUUUGUGACGUACUCACAAGCCGAGGUGGUGACCCGUGCCGAGAGACUGGUGGGCCACUCCUACAGAUACGACCUGAUGUUCUCCAACUGUCAAAACUUCGCAAACUGGUGCCAAACAGGGAAGGAACAGACUGGUGGGACUCAGGUCAUGACCUACAUCAUGGGACUGGGUACAGUUGCUGUCGUCGUCUUCAUCUUGCAUCACUUCUUGAAGUAGGACAACUGCACCUGUUUGUGCACGAACUGUCUGAAGGAUGAUACAGAACCGAUCGAUGAGUGCAUUUAGAUUUAGCAUUCGACUGUUUAACUGCCAUACUUAAUGUUAUGUCAUUUCAAGUAUCAUAAUAUCACUAAAUACUGAAGGUUAGACUAUAGUUUACAGAGCUGUGCAUUAUAUAUAACGUUAUCCUCGAUCAUAUGUGCUGCAUAUGUAUGAUCAUGUAUGUAAAUCAAGGCAAAUACCAAGGACAUUUAUUUUGAUAAAUACCAAUUUUUUGUUAAAGUUUUGUUAACAGUCAGUUCUCUUACAUAUUGAUUUCCUAAUUCGAAUCUCACUAUCAUAAUUUAACACCACAAAUUGAUAUAUUGUUAUGGGUACUGGAAUUGUUUCACAAGGGGUAGGCAAUUAAUAUUGUGAGCAGGAAGAUUAGAAUUAUCAUGAUGGUAAGAAAAGUGAAUAGAUCCCUUUGAUAACAAUGCAAAUAUUUUUUGAUUUUGCAUUAUAUCUUUUAUUUUUGCUAUAUUGAAAAUACAUAUUAAAAUUACCAAAUGUUAUUAUCUUUUCCUUGUCGAGAUAUUCUUGAGUAUGCGGACUCUAUUUGGGCGCAACCGCUAGCUACAUCUUGAAAACACCGCCUGUCACGGCA